AUGUAUGAGAAGCGAAUUUUAUCACAAAAUGACCAGAAAACCAUUAAAACUUCCAAACCGACAUUUAAAAAUGUCCAAUCAACACCAAAUAUCAAAAAUAAAGAACCAAAGACUGCUCAUGGCGGAAUAUAUGCCAACAAGCAAGGUGGAUCACAGUCUCCUGGACCAAAGCAGAUUUCAUCACAAAAUGACCAGAAAACAAUUAAAACUUUCCAACCAUUUAAAAAUGUCCAAUCGAAACCAAAUAUCAAAAAUAAAAAACCGAAGACUGCUCAUGACGGAAUAUAUGCCAACAAGCAAGAUGGACCACAGCCUCCAAAGCAGAUUUCAUCACAAAAUGACCAGAAAACAAUUAAAACUUUCCAACCAUUUAAAAAUGUCCAAUCGAAACCAAAUAUCAAAAAUAAAAAACCGAAGACUGCUCAUGACGGAAUAUAUGCCAACAAGCAAGAUGGACCACAGCCUCCAAAUUCUAUCGUGCAUAUCUCGAUGUCAAGUAAAUUCAAAACUGAUGACAAAACUGACGACCGCGCUUUAGAGAUAUCAACGCCGGAGAUAGCACUGCCGGAGACAUUAACGCCAGAGACAGCAAUGCCGGAGACAUCGAUGCCGGAAACAUCUAUGUCCAAACAACCAAAGCUCGUCAUGGAUUCUUCUGGGGUAAAAUUUUCCGGAGGUAAACUAGUCCUCCGUUCGGAUCUCCGGGUGGGGACUACCUCGGGGAACUCAUGUCGCAUAAAGUCAAAAAACGGGAGAGAUAUCAAAGUGGGUACGUGGAACGUCCGAAGUCUUUACAGACCUGGGGCGUUUCAAUCGAUGGUCGGGGAGGUCGAAAAGUACGGGGUAGAAGUCGUCGCGUUGCAAGAAACAAGAUGGGCCGGGGAGGGUUCGCUUAAUGCGGGUUCGUACACGCUUCACUAUGGAGGGUCGGAGAUCCAUAGUCUUGGCAUCGGUUUUAUGAUUAAUAGGAAAAUCUUAUCCGCGGUAAAAGACAUUAAAUUUAUAAACGAAAGAUUAGGAUUGCUCGUUGUGCAGGGCCGAUGGUACAAGAUCGCGAUAAUCAACGUACACGCGCCGACGGAAGAUAAAGAUGGCGAAAUUAAAGACGGGUUCUACGAAGAACUCGAACACCUCGUGGAUCAAUUACCGAACGAUUACAUGAAAAUAGUCGUGGGAGAUUUUAACGCGAAAAUCGGUAAAGAGGACAUUUUUAGACCAACGAUCGGGCUCGAAAGUUUGCAUGAGGAAAGUAACGAUAACGGAGUGAGGGUAAUUAACUUUGCGACCGGCAAAAAUCUUAUCGUCAAAAGCACGUAUUUUAAACACAAAAAUAUCCAUAAACAAACUUGGAUUUCCCCGGAUGGAGGCACGCGUAACCAAAUUGAUCACGUUCUUGCAGAUAAACGGCGUCACACGAACGUACUCGAUGUCAGGUCUUAUAGGGGGGCGGAUUGCGACUCGGAUCACCUCUUUGUAAUUGCCAAAAUCAGGGAACGUCUUUCGCUAAACAAAACUAACGGGCAGUUGUUUGGAACUAAACGUCUAAAUGUACAAGGUUUGAUCGAGGGAGAAAACGGAAUAAAAUACGCGGUCGAAGUAACGAAUAGACUCGCGGCUUCAAAGGAAAUAGAUGAAUCGGAUGAUAACACGGUUGAUAAACACUGA